AUGGAUUCAAUAAAUUAUCAAACAACGACAUAAGGUGUAAAGGAUGCUUUAGAAUUAUCAUCAAGAGAUCUUGGGUAAAAAAUUAAUUAAAAUUAGAGUUUCUUCAAUGGAAUAUCAAGGUGAAUUUGAUGAUCAAUAUAAAUUGAUUGCAAUCUAUUAUAGAAUAAAUAAGAUAAAGAACGCUUUUUAUAUUUUUUUAGUAUUGAUAACAGGAGGUUUUAUAUAUUUAUUUUAUCGAUGGUUUCUAUCAUUUCGGAUUGCGAUCAGAUUUUCAUAGUGUAAUUUUACUUAAAUGACGCAUUUACUUAUAAAUAAAACUAAAAAUGAUAUCAGAAUAGCAGAAGAUUAAUUAGUUGAAGUAUAAUAAAAUGCACGUAAAUUACCAAAUAGUAAUUAUGCACGAUUAUUUGAAUAUGAGUAAUAUUAUGAAAUAAAUGUAUUUAGGUUAAGUUAAUUUUAUAUAGAUUGUUAGACAUAUUAAUUAAAUUGUUUAAAGAAUUCAUUUUCUCAUUUGACUUGUUCAUAAUUAACAACAGCAGUUGAUUUAAAUGAAUGGUCAGAAGUUUAUGGUAAAAAUAUAAUGGAUAUUCCAAUAAAAUCAAUACCUUUAUUAAUUUUAGAUGAGAUUCUUACUCCAUUUAAUGUAUUUUAAGUAAGAGUAUAUUAAUAACUAUGAGAUAUUUGCUUUGGUAGUUUGGGCUGUAGAUGAUUAUGUAUUAUAUGCAGUAUUAAUAUUUGUAUUGACAUUUAUGUAGAUGUUAAUGUAAUUAAGAGAAAUAAGAGCAAAUUUAUUUAAGAUACGUAAUAUGAUAUUAUUUAAUACAAUUGUAAAGGUUUGUUAAUUUGAAACAAUAAGAGAAAAGUCAUCGAUUGAAUUAGUACCUGGAGAUAUAAUAAUAAUAGAAGGGAAUACAAAGAUAUCAUGUGAUUGUAUAUUGAUAUAAGGAACUUGUGUUAUGAAUGAAGCAAUUUUAACUGGAGAAUCAGUACCAGUAAAUAAAGCAGCUUUAUUAAAAGUUAAUUAAUUAUUUAGAUAAAAAGAGAAUGAGAAUUCAAUGUUAUAUUGUGGAACAUUUUGUUUGAGAAGUUAUACAAAUACAAAUGAGCCAGUAAAAGCAUUGGUAUAUUAGACAGGGUUUUAAACAUUAAAAGGUGGAUUGGCAAGAUCGAUAUUAUUUAAUGUAAAUUAAAGUUUCAGUUUUUAGAGAGAUUCUUUAAAAUAUUUAUUUGUUUUAGCAUUUUUAGGAGUAGUUUAAUCUAUAAUAUCUUUAUAUUUAGAUUUUUCUAAUGAUGAAUCAAUAGGAUAAGCUAUAAUAAAUGCAUUAGAAUUAUUAACAAUAAUAAUUCCACCUGCACUUCCAACAGCAUUGGCAGCAGGUGUAUCUUUAGCAAUGAAUAGAUUAGAGAAAUAAAGAAUUUAAUGUAUUAAACCUGAUAAAGUUAAUGUUGCAGCUAAAAUAAAUGUAUGUGCAUUUGAUAAAACUGGAACACUUACUGAAUUAGGUUUAGAUGUAGUUGGAUUUAGACCUAUCAAAGGAAUUGGAUUUGAUAAGUAAGUUUCAAUAUCUGAAUGUAAUUCAAUUACAAUCUAAGCAAUGGCCACUUGUCAUUCUUUAUCAUUAAUAAAUAAUGAAGUUCAUGGAGAUCCUAUUGAUUUAAAUAUGUUUCUAUAAACUGGAUGGAAAUUCACAGAAAAAGAAAUUACAUUUUUAGAUCAAUCUUUAAGUAUUAUUAGAAGAUUUGAAUUUUAAGCAGAAUUAUAAAGGAUGUCAGUUGUUCUUAAUGAUUAUAAAUUAUUUUGUAAAGGAUCACCUGAAAUGAUUUAAACAAUAUGUUUGAAAGUUCCAGAUAAUUAUAAAACUAUUUUAAAUAGAUAUGCAUCUAAAGGAUUUAGAAUUAUUGCAUUAGCAUAUAGAGAUAUUCCUAAACUAUUGUAUUCGGAAAUUUAAACUGCUAAUAGACAAUUAUUUGAAUCAUAAUUAACAUUCCUAGGAUUUUUAAUUUUUGAAAAUAGACUUAAAGAAGAGACAUCAAGAACAAUAAAAGAAUUAAAAGCAUCCAAUUUAAAACCUUUAAUGGUUACAGGAGAUAAUCCUUUAACUGCAAUUAAUAUAGGUUAAUAAUGUUAUAUUUUGGAUUAAAAUUCAAAAAUAUAUCUAAGUUAUAUAAAAGAUUAAGAAAUUAUUUGGUAAGAAAUGGCAAUGGAAGAUUAAAGGAUUAAUGAAGGUAGUUCAUAUAGUAUUGAUAAUAUUGAAUCUAAAACUUUAACAACAGAUGAUAUUAUGAGAUCUAUUACUAGUUAUUAAUUAUGUAUUACUGGAGAUGUAUUUGAAUAAUUACAAUAUUAAUAUAAUUAAGGAAAUAAUAAAGAAUAAAUUUUGAAUUUGUUUAGUCAAAUAUUUAUUUAUGCUAGAAUGAAACCAAAUCAUAAAGGAGAUUUGAUGAUUUUAUUAAAAUAAGAUAAAAGAAAUUUCUUAGCAUUUUGUGGUGAUGGAACUAAUGAUACAUGUGCAUUAAGAUAAGCAGAUGUUGGUUUAGCAUUAUCAACAGAAGAUGCUUCUUUAGCUGCACCAUUUACUUCUUCUAUUUUCAAUAUAUCAAGUUUAAUCACUUUAAUUAGAGAAGGUAGAGCUUGUUUAGUUACAUGUGUUGAAUGUUUUAAAUUUAUGACUCUUUAUUCAUGCAUUUAAUCAGCAAUGGUAUUAUAAUGUUAUUUUUGGAAUACAGAUUUAUCAUUAUAUUAAUAUUUAUAUUAGGAUCUAUGGUUAAUCAUUCCAUUAGCAUUUACUAUGGAUUUGACUAAUGCUUUUCCUUCUUUAGCUAGAUACAGACCAAUAAGUGAUUUAAUUUCAAUCCCUAUCAUAUCAUCUGUCACUAUAACAGCAUUAACUAGUAUUGCUAUCUAAAUUGGUUUGGUUUAGUAUCUUACAUCAUAAACUGAAUUUGAAUUAGAUGAACCAGAUGAAGGUACUCCUGGAUAAAUUAAUACUGUAAAUAAACUUAAUUAUUUUUAUAGAUUUUAAUUCUUCUAUCUAAUUCUCAAGUAUUAGCAGUAGCUAUUGCAUUUACUUAAGGACCACCAUUUAGAUAAUAAAUAUACAAAAAUAUUCCAUAUAUUAUAACUGUAACCUUAGGAAUCUUAGGACACAUUUUUGUUAUCUUUUAUCCAGAUGGAUUUUAACAUUUAGAAGUAAUACAUAUUUUAUAAAUUAGAUUGUAUCAAUUACUUCAUUAAGAUUUUAAUGGAUUAUUGUUGGAUUUAGUUUAGUCAUUGCUGUUUUUAUUAUUCUUUAUGAAAAAUUUGUAACUUCAGCUUUAGUCAAAAAAUACUCUCAAGAAGAUAUUAAUUUAUCAGCUUGA